UCCAAUUUGACCAGAUUCUCUUAAUCUUCUCUUAAUCCAAGGGCUGCCGUCAAUGUGGGGGGAACCGCUCUCCCCGUUGUCUUUUUGGCUGCUGCGUCUCUCUGGAUUGCGGCCAAGAGCGUUGGUAACGCCUUCACGGAGAGAGAGAGAGAGAGGGAGAGACGCAGCCAUGUGUGGAAUCCUCGCGGUGCUGGGGUGCGCUGACACGUCCCUCGCCAGGCGAUCUCGAAUCAUCGAGCUCUCGCGCAGGUUGCGGCACAGGGGCCCUGAUUGGAGUGGCUUGCAUUGUCAUCAGGAUUGUUACCUUGCUCACCAACGAUUGGCUAUUGUAGAUCCUACUUCUGGAGAUCAACCACUCUACAAUGAAGACCAAUCAAUUGUUGUUACGGUUAAUGGGGAGAUUUACAACCAUGAGGAGUUGAGAGCAAAACUCAAUUCUCAUAAAUUCCGCACUGGCAGCGACUGUGAAGUGAUUGCCCAUCUUUAUGAAGAGUAUGGCGAGGAUUUCUUGGAUAUGUUGGAUGGCAUGUUCUCAUUUGUUCUUCUUGAUACCCGUGAUAAAAGUUUCAUUGCUGCACGUGAUCCUAUUGGAAUUACUCCUCUGUACAUGGGCUGGGGUCUUGAUGGAUCUGUUUGGUUCGCUUCAGAAAUGAAAGCUCUUAGUGAUGAUUGUGAACGAUUUGUUUCCUUUCUUCCUGGGCAUAUAUAUUCUAGCAAAAAAGGUGGGCUAAGAAGAUGGUACAACCCACAAUGGUAUUCAGAACGCAUACCAUCGACUCCUUAUGAUCCUUUAGUUUUACGGGAGGCCUUUGAGAAGGCUGUUAUCAAGAGGUUGAUGACAGAUGUGCCAUUUGGUGUGCUUCUGUCUGGUGGACUUGACUCCUCGCUAGUUGCUGCUGUUGCUUCUCGGCACUUGGGACAAACAAAAGUUGCCAGACAAUGGGGAUCUCAGUUGCAUACAUUCAGCGUCGGUUUGAAGGGUUCUCCUGAUCUGAAAGCUGCUAGAGAAGUUGCGGAUUAUCUUGGCACUUAUCAUCAUGAGUUUCACUUCACAGUGCAGGAGGGUAUUGAUGCACUUGAAGAAGUCAUUUAUCAUAUAGAGACAUAUGAUGUGACGACAGUUAGGGCAAGCACUCCAAUGUUUCUGAUGUCUCGUAAGAUUAGGUCCUUGGGUGUCAAGAUGGUUCUUUCUGGGGAAGGUUCUGACGAAAUAUUUGGGGGUUACCUCUAUUUCCAUAAAGCACCUAGCAAGGAGGAGUUUCAUUUGGAAACUUGUCGAAAGAUUAAAGCUCUUCAUUUGUAUGAUUGCUUGAGGGCCAAUAAAGCAACUUGUGCAUGGGGUUUGGAGGCUCGUGUUCCCUUUCUGGACAAAAAUUUUAUCAAUGUAGCGAUGGACAUUGAUCCUGAAUGGAAAAUGAUAAGACCUGAUCUUGGUCGAAUUGAGAAGUGGGUCCUGCGCAAUGCAUUUGAUGAUAAUCAGAAUCCUUAUCUGCCAAAGCACAUCCUUUACAGGCAGAAGGAACAAUUUAGUGAUGGCGUGGGGUAUAGCUGGAUCGAUGGCUUAAAGCACCAUGCAAAUGAACAUGUUUCAGAUGCCAUGCUAAAGAAUGCAAGCUUUGUUUAUCCUGAGAAUACUCCUACAACAAAAGAAGCAUACUACUACCGGACAAUAUUCGAGAAGUUCUUUCCAAAGAAUGCUGCAAGGUCAACAGUACCAGGAGGCCCCAGUGUGGCAUGCAGUACUGCCAAAGCUGUGGAAUGGGAUGCAGCCUGGUCUAAAAAUCUUGAUCCAUCUGGUCGAGCUGCGGUUGGGGUUCACACAGCUGCUUACAAGGAGGUACCGGAAAAAGUAUCAGCUUCUGAGCAUUCCAGUUCUGUGAUUGGUUUCUCUCCAAAACAAGAUGGUGCGAUUGAGGCAGCUACAACUGCUACUGCUGUUUAAAUCUUCACUUCCAACCUCACCUCACAGAAAGUUAGAAACAGAACGAAGUUGGAGAAUACUUAAAUUGGUUGGUUGGUUUUUCUUGUUAACACCAUCGUGUUCCAGCCUCCUUCGAACCUGUGAUACUUGUUUCUAGUUGAGCCAACAGACAUUUUCAUGUCUGUGUUUCAUUGUUUAACUUGAUUUGACUUUUGUUUCGUUAGAGUAACUUCAGCAUGCUAAGAAUCUAAUGGCAUGCCUUAAUCUGCUCAACUGUCAUAUAUAAAUGAAUGAGUGCACUCAAGUGUUCUAUGUCCAAAA